AUGGACAGUGAUAGCGAGGACGUUGAUGGUGUAGGGUGUGGCGGUGCCGGUGGUGGUAUAGGCGCCGGAGGUAUUGGUGCUGGAGGGAACCGAGGCAAGAAAGAUAUCUGCUGGGCUCUAGUUCUUGGUGGGAUUCUUCAGUUCGUCUACAACAAAGACCGUGGUGACACUAAUCUGUACAAAGAACUGGAUGUAGAAGGCUUUGCAGAUAAAGUGAAAUUGGGGAAUAAGAGAUUUGAACCUAUGAAGAAAGUUGGUGCAAGUAGCAUGUCUGUGGGUUCACUAAAGAAUGCUAUGGCCCACGUGCGUUUGGAAGGAAUAGAGAAAAAGAAAGAUACCGAGAAGAAGAAACCGAAGACGUAUACGGUAAAGGGGUAUUUCCGUCCAGUGAAGGGUGCAACUCCAGAAACCAUCACUCGUUUACUUGAGACUAAAGGCCCGAUUGGUUUCACUCUUGAUUUCAUCACUCCACUUGCAGACCUUCGAGAUGGAAUUUACAGGGUUCCCAAGCCAAUAGAUGGAAUCAAGAGGCACGUAGUCAUGAUCGUGGCGCAUGGAUUAACUUUAGAGCGAGAAAUAUUCUUUGAGGUGCAGAACACGUGGGGGACAGAUUGGGGAGUCAAUGGACAUGGGAGGAUCAUCAUCAGUGGAUCUACUGAUGAUGUUUUUUACCUGGAUGAGAUUCUUGAGAAGAAAAAGAAGAAGUAA